AUGAUAAAAGAGGACAACAAGCUGGAGUCGGCCGUCAGCUUGAGCCGUACUUCAUCAUCUCUCGCUUUCUUUUCAGGCCCAGUGGCAGUGAUUAGUGGUGAGGAAGACUCUGCAAGCCCUCUUCAUCAUGUCAACCAUGGAAUCGUCAGCCCCUGUACCCUGGACCCUGGCUCUGAUGCUGUGGUCAUCGGUAUGACCAGAAUCCCCGUCAUAGAGAACCCGCAGUAUUUCAGACAUGGACACAACUGCAACAAACCCACCACCUAUGUUCAACACAUUAAGCGACGCGACAUCGUUUUGAAGAGGGAACUUGGAGAAGGAGCUUUUGGAAAAGUCUUUCUUGCUGAAUGUUACAACCUGAGUCCCACCAAGGACAAGAUGCUAGUGGCUAUCAAGACCCUGAAAGACCCCACUCUCGCAGCCAGGAAGGAUUUCCAGCGUGAGGCUGAGCUGCUGACCAACCUUCAGCAUGAGCACAUAGUGAAGUUUUAUGGUGUGUGCGUGGACGGCGACCCUCUCAUCAUGGUCUUUGAGUACAUGAAACACGGAGAUCUAAAUAAGUUCCUCAGAGCCCACGGGCCCGACGCCAUGAUCCUGGUGGAUGGACAACCUCUACAGACCAAUGGGGAGCUGGGUCUGUCCCAGAUGCUCCACAUAGCCAGUCAGAUCACAAACGGGAUGAUCUACUUGGCAUCUCAACACUUUGUGCACCGUGAUCUGGCAACGAGGAACUGUCUGGUGGGGAAUGGACUCCUGGUAAAAAUAGGAGACUUUGGCAUGUCCAGAGAUAUUUACAGCACAGACUAUUACAGGGUGGGAGGUCACACCAUGCUGCCUAUCCGUUGGAUGCCCCCGGAAAGCAUCAUGUACAGGAAGUUCACAACAGAGAGUGACGUGUGGAGCUUCGGAGUCAUCCUGUGGGAGAUCUUCACCUACGGCAAGCAGCCGUGGUUUCAGCUCGCUAACAACGAGGUAAUCGAGUGCAUUACUCAGGGCAGGGUACUGGAACGCCCCAGGCUCUGUCCCAAAGAGGUCUACGAUAUUAUGCUGGGCUGCUGGCAGAGAGAGCCGCAACAGCGCCUCAACAUUAAGGACAUCCAGAAGAUGCUGUUUACUUUGAUGAAAGCCACACCGGUCUAUCUGGACAUACUGGGAUGAAACUGGAUACAAGAGAGGGGGAAAAAAAAAAGAAACUGGGCAUAUUUUAGUUUGGACAAGAUCAUUACUGAAUGAGAAAUGAGUACGAUGGAGUAGAAGGAAAUGGAUCGCCCUGGAGCCAAAGUCUGGAGGGGACUCACGUCAGAGUCUGUGAUGGAACCGUCUUAUUCAGAAUUUGGGGAAUGAACUCGACCUUGUAUCAGGUCGCCUGAUAUAUGAGCAUUGAUGUGAUGUUAUUAAAGUGGAGGGAUGCUAAUUUAGCUGGCUUGUUACACUACGUUACAUCAUGAUGUGAAGGAAAUGAAAGGAAGAGGGUCUUGGGACGAACUCACGUGAUCGGGUCUGCGUUUGCGUUGUUAUGACUUUCUUCUUUUCAAAUGAAACAACUGAAAGGCCUUGACAGCGAUGAGUGUAUUACAUCAAACAAAGGUGAACUGUGUGAAUCCAAAUGUAUAAAUCUGCUGUAGUUUCCCCACGUCAGCCUGUCAUGAUCCGUACGCUCUUUUGUAGUUUUUGAUGAAGCCGGGCAGAGUCCUACUGGACUGGUGUCUGCUUGGUCUGAUCUGAAUCACCCCGCCCUUCACCUCGUCUGAAACACCCUGCUCUCACUUGUGGCAUCAUAAAGUAAAGGAGUGUGUGGGGGUGGGGGCGUGUCAAAUUCACACAAACCAUUCUUGAACUACUGCUGUUUGGUGGAGAGAGUCAGAUCUGCACAAAGACUCAUCCGUUCAUAUUUUCACCUUAAUCAUUUCUCUGCUCCACUUAGAAAGUUGUCAAAAUCUAGAAAUCAGUUGGUUUUGAAACCACUUUGUUUACCCAGAUGUUUAGGAAAACAAACAGACUGUACCUGGAAAUGGCCAUAAAUGCACUCUGUUUAUUGGUGCUUCCCUGUAGGUUUGGGGAAUACAGACAGUAUUUUGUUUGAGCAAAAAUGGAGGCAACGGGAAGCAGUGCUGCUGCAGAUGUCGCUGGCAUGUAACAGUUGUAACAGUUGUAACAGUUUCCAAGAGGUAAACAAACAUCUCAAGCUACCUGGCCUCACUGCUUUUGUUAGCAGCUUUUAUUCCAGGAGGUACAAUGCUACACAAGGAGAAGGCGGAAGUUAUAUUUUAGCCUCAUGUGACGACCAGGUUGAACGAUAUACUGCUCUAUUUACAGGCAACACCGACCGUAGUCCGUCAAAGCCAUCCUCGCUAAGGUUUAGCUAGCCUCAAGGAGGUCUCGGUUUAGGGGAGUAACGCUGUAGAGAAGUGUAUCCCAGCCUUUUUUUUUAACCACAGCACAUAUUAUAAAUCGGAAAAUCCCCACCACCAAACAGAGAUAUUUAUAAGGAA